AUGAUGAUCCUCAGGAGUUGUACCCUCAUCUUGGCCACCGCCGUCCUUGUAUACAGUUUUCCCAAACCGGUCCAGAAUGUCGAUCUCGCAGCUGUAAAUACCUUCCUCUCCAGCUUGGCAGCUUCUGACAAGCGUACAGACUCUUUGGUCACCCUGAACUAUCAGAAUAUGGCAUCAAAAAAGAACCCAGAUCAUGAUAACGCUAAGGACAAUCUUUUCACGAAAGUCGACAACUCUGUCAUGGAGACUGCUACCUAUCUUUGCAUUGCCAACUUGCAGCCAUACUUUCAACUUGACAGCGAUACCGCAAUCUCCACUGAUGACUCAAACUAUGCCACCGCUGUUGACAGCUUCCUUACCAACUUCAUGAAUACUGACGCUGUCAAACAAGCAUUCACCUUCCUUCAAGCCCAAGGAGUCUUGACUAACGAUAUUUCCGCAUUCCACCAAAAGCUCUACAACUUGUGGUUCGCACCAUACGCCAGAAACCAGGUUGCCGGAACUAAUGGAUUCAAGGUUGUGUUCAACGGAGAGGCAAAUGGAAAAACCAUCAAUCGAUUCGCCAACUGGUAUGGCUUCUAUCUUCAGGAGGCUGCUAAUAUUUUCAACUACCAUGGAUGGUUCACCAAGAUCAAUGGCAUUGCCAUCGACCUUCAAUUUGUUGGAGGACCAAGUGAUGCUGAUGAGGAUCUUGAGACUUCUUUCCUUUUGAACACUUCUCCAGAGUUUGAAUUUGCCGCCUAUACUGUUGCCGCUUUGACCAACACCCAGCCAACUGUUGUGAUUCAAGGAGAAAAUGUUGAUAUUCAAGCUGCCACGUUGACAGUUAACGGAAUCACUGUGCUCGACAAAGUUGUCAUUUCAUUCGGAGAAAGCAACAAGGCCACUACCAAACAUACUGGAUCCGCCACCACCAAGCACAAUGGAGCCACUGAUGCUGCUCUCCAAACCCUUGUUGAUAAGAUGUGGGCUGAGGACCAAGAUAGACCAACUGCAGCUCAAGUCACCAUGAACUGGGGGGCCCAUAUCAGUGGAAAGUCGGGAUCCAAGCAAUCCAACUUGUUCUCUACUGUUGAUGAGUCGAUCUUCAAUAAGAAGCAAUACGCUGAUCUUAUCACAACAUACACCCAAAACCUCCUUACCGCUGAUGUCUGCAAAGCUGAGCCAGCUAUGAGUGGAUUCAGAAAGCAAUAUUUCCAACAAGUAUUUGACACUUUCACCGCCACUCCAAUGUUCACUUCUGCUUUUGCCUAUCUUCAAUCGAUCAAUUACAAAGAGACAAGCUCGUUGGCUAACUUCAAGACCAAGGUUUUGUGGCCACUCUGGUUUGGAACAUACUCGCGAUGCAAAGGUCCACUUGGUAGCUCAGGAUGGGAGCACGUUUUCUCCGGAGAGAUCAAGGGUAAUGGAGUCGAUGGUCAACACGACUGGAUCAGAUAUUACAUGGAGCAAAAGGCAGACCACAUGGUUUAUGAAGGAUAUUACAGUCACGAUGAAAACUUGAUUGGAACCUUCCAAUAUCAAUGGAACGGAGCCACAAAACCAACUGGAGGAUUCUUCACUGGAACUUCCCCAGCAUUCGACUUUUCCAUCUUCACGGUUUGCACACUCGCUCAUGGAAACGGAGCCAACUGUCACUUCAAGGUCAACAACUUCCCAAUUACUGUCGUCUCAUACACCCAAGCUUGUGGAGAUGGUUCUGGAACUUGUCUGGCUACUUCCUACCCGGAAAAUCAAUGA